AUGGUAUUCUUAAUCAAGUGGGAUAGUGUUUUCAGUUCAUUGAACCAAGACAAAGUUGCCCAAAAGCAAAUCUCACCUGCAAGAUCAACGACUCAGAUUCAAAAAAACCGCGUCGGGCUUCCCGGCCAUGGAGGAAGGGCUCGGGCUUCCCGGCCGUGGAGGACAAAACCUCCGUAUCGCACAAAACCUCCACCACGCGACCGCAAGUACCGCGGCGUCCGGCAACGGCCCUGGGGCAAGUACGUGGUGGAGAUCCGCGACCCGAAGCGGCGUGGCUCGCGCGUGUGGCUCGGCACGUACGACGCGCCCGUCGAGGCCGCGCGCGCCUACGACCGUGCCGCGUUCCGGAUGUGCGCCGCCAAGGCCAUCCUCAACUUCCCCAACGAGGUCGGCACCCGCGGCGCUGACCUUUGGGCCGCGCCAGCGACGGCGAACGGCGAACAAACGGAGGCGGCAGCAGAUGGAGGGUGGUCAGGACGACCCCGAGGUCGAGGUGGUCCUGGUGGUGAACAAGGUGGUGAAGAUCGAGGCGCCGCCGCCGCCGUCGACCCAGGUGUCCUCAACCUCGCCGUCGUCCGUGUCUACAUCCGAGACCACCGCCUCAUCGGACGCCCCGGACUCGCGACGACCUUCCCUGUCGUCCGGCGACGUCCUGGUUCGCCAGCAGAAGCAAUCUCGUCGCCGCAACAGCUCCCAAGUAUGAAUUAA